CAUUAUUAUUAUACAUACAAAAAGAGGAGAGAAAGAAAAUAGACAGAACGAAGCUGAAACAGAAGAAGAAGAAGAAGAAGACAUCACCAACUCAGAAAGAUGAAGAGUGCCAUUUGUGGCAGAAUGGGUCUCUCUCCCAACCACGUCUUCGCACCAGGGGACAAAUAUUCUUUUUGUGUGGGACCAUGUUCCAAUGUUUGCAUUCCCAUGGCUGCAUUAGCAACAGGACCUGGUAAAGGGGGAGGUCUGCUGGAAAAGCCAGUUAUUGAGAAAGUCUCCCCUGGCCGUGAAUCUGAAUUUGAUUUGAAGAAAUCGCGGAAAUCAUCACCUCCAUAUCGUGUAAUAUUACACAAUGACAACUUCAAUAAACGAGAAUAUGUUGUUCAAGUGCUGAUGAAGGUCAUCCCUGGAAUGACUCUUGAUAAUGCAGUUAACAUCAUGCAAGAAGCACACCACAAUGGAUUGUCAGUGGUGAUUAUCUGUGCACAAGCUGAUGCUGAAGAUCAUUGCAUGCAACUAAGAGGCAAUGGGUUACUCAGUUCAAUUGAACCUGCAGGUGGUGGAUGCUGAUGCUAUAUUGAGAGAUGGUAAUUGAAAUAUUAGGUGUACAUAAGCAUUAAGCUCCCCUUGUGAAAGCUUAGAGAAACCAGAAAACAAAAAGACAUUACUUGUGUAAGUAAAAACUUGUUAGUGUUAUGAUGGAGACAACAACCUAUGAUUAAGACAUGUGGUAGUUGUGAUUUUGAAUAAUGAAUUGCACAACAUAUGAAACAAACUAAUAGCCGUGAUUUAUGUCACAAACGUACAACUCCUUCCUUGUCAA